AUGGAAGAAAACCAGAUAAACCUGGACAGCCUUGAGAAUGGGGCAGAUAACCCAGCUUUCAGUUCUGUGGGGGAGGAGAAACUCUAUCAGGAAUGUGAUGGUCCAUGUGGUGAGAGCAAAGAGGAGAGAAGAGAAGGAAAAGGGAGAUUCUCCUCCUACUGCUGGAGGGCCCUGCAGCCAGUAUCCAAGGCAAAGCGCUUCUGUAAGGCUCAUGCCAAUGUGUUGAGAAGAGUUGUCCUGGGCCUCUUGGGAGUAGCCUACUUGUGCUACUUUAUUGUGGCCUGUUGGCUCAACUUCCAGCGAGCCCUUGCCUUGGUUGUCAUGACUGUGGUGGUUGUCUUCUUCAUCUGCUGGAGCCUCUUCAAGAAGCAUUGUGGGGCAAAGGUGUUACUGCUUCUCAGCCCCGUUUGGAAAUGCUGCCAAAAGUCCUGGCCAUGGCUGAGAUGGCUGCUGUGGGUGGCCCUGCUGGGAGGCCUGAUCAUAUGGCUGGCUUUGGACACCUCCAGAAACCCAGAGCAGCUCAUCUCAUUGGCUGGCUUCUGCUUUUUGGUGCUGUUCCUGUUUGCCUGCUCCAAGCACCACAGUGCAGUGUCCUGGAGAGCUGUUUUCUGGGGCCUUGGCUUGGAGUUCUUAUUUGGACUCUUUGUCCUCCGGACAACCCCUGGAGUUCAAGCUUUCCAGUGGAUGGGUGAUCAGAUCCAGUUCUUCUUGGGAUACACCACAGCUGGCUCCAGCUUCGUCUUUGGGAACACGCUCAUUAAAGAAGUUUUUGCCUUUCAGACUCUGCCCAUUGUUGUUUUCUUCAGUUGUGUGAUGUCCAUCCUCUACUACCUUGGUGUCAUGCAGUGGCUCAUUGUCAAGAUCUCCUGGCUGCUUCAAGUCUCAAUGGGCACCACUCCCACUGAGACCCUGAGUGUGGCGGGAAACAUUUUUGUGGGACAGACUGAAGCUCCGCUGCUCAUCCGCCCAUACCUGGCAGACAUGACCCAUUCAGAAAUCCAUGCUGUGAUGACUGGUGGCUUUUCCACCAUUGCAGGCAGUGUGAUGGGUGCCUAUAUAUCCUUUGGGAUCGAUGCAGCAUCACUGAUCGCAGCCUCCGUGAUGGCUGCGCCCUGCGCCCUUGCCAUGUCCAAACUCGUCUACCCUGAAAUUGAAGAGUCCAAGUUCAAGGGCAAAGGAAGCAUCCGCCUCUCCAGUGGGGAAGAGCAGAACAUCCUGGAAGCUGCAAGCAAUGGGGCUGCUGCCUCCGUGGGGCUCGUGGCCAACAUUGCAGCCAAUCUCAUUGCCUUUUUGGCAGUGCUGGAGUUCAUCAACGCUGCCUUGCGCUGGUUCGGGGAGAUGGUGGACAUUGAGGGGCUCUCCUUCCAGGUGAUCUGCUCCUAUGUCCUCAUGCCUGUGGCCUUUCUUAUGGGAGCUGACUGGGCAGACUCACCACUGGUGGCUGAGCUCCUGGGAAUCAAGAUCUUCCUGAAUGAGUUUGUGGCGUACCAACAGUUGGCCACGUACAAGAAGAACCGUCUGUCAGGCCUGGAGGAGUGGGAUGGGAGCCGGAAGCAGUGGAUAUCUGAGCGAGCCGAGAGCAUCUCCACCUUUGCCCUCUGUGGAUUCGCCAACCUCAGCUCCAUCGGGAUCAUGCUCGGAGGCCUGACCUCCAUGGCACCCCAGCGCAAGGGCGACAUGGCCUCCAUCGUGCUGCGAGCCCUGCUGACCGGCAUCUGCGUCUCCAUGCUCAACGCCUGCCUGGCAGGUCUCCUUCAUGUGCCAACAGAGCUGGGUGACUGCGUGACCAUCCUCAGCACUGCCAACUUCAACUCCACCAGCUAUGCCACAUACACAUGCUGCAAGGAGCUCUUUGCCAGCUCAAUGCUCGAGAAUGGGACACUCUCCUUCACAGGAGCCUGGGCAGGCCUGGCAGAGAGCGUACUAUACCUGACACAGUGCUGUGGGCACUAUAACCACACGUCCUGUGUGGGGACAAUGUAG